AUGCCAGCUGGGCCGACGGAGAGUUGCAGCGACGUCCCGGGCGAGGAUUUCGCACUGCGCGUCUUUGACGAUGGCCUGCCAGCAGAGCUCGUGAGGCGGGCGCGGGAUGCACUACAUCCAGCAGCCAGCUACUGGCAUGACCACCGGUAUCAUAGUGAAGACGUUGCCUUCUAUUCGCAUGCGCACUUUCCCGGAGACGAAACUCAUGUCAUCGAUCAGCUCAUCGAAGCCAUGAGGCCGCUCUUGGCGGAGGUCGAUCCGAAGGUUGGCAGCUCUCUGAAGGUUGCCGAGUGGUGGGUGCACCAGCGACAGCCAGACCAGUGGCAUGGACAUCCCCUGCACUAUGACACCAACGAACAGCUCCUUCGCGACUCGCAGGGCCGCUGCGUCGAGCAUCCUGCCAUCAGCAGCGUGGUGUACUUGUGCGAUGACUCUCCCCGCUUCGGCGCGACCGUGGUUACCAGCCAAGAGUAUGGGGAUGCCGCAAAGCCGGGGUUUCGUGGCGAGGCGGCCUUGGUCCGUCCCAAGUUGGGGCGCGUCCUCUUCUUCAAGGGAAGCUACCUUCAUGGCGCCUUGCCCGGCCGGCCUUGGCUAGAGGACGGUGAUCCACAAAGGCGACUGAACGUGAUGGUCGGAUGGUGGACCACCCCGAUUGCCACGCAGCCGGCCGCAGAUCCGCCCGCGCCGCUGAUGCGCUCCGGGGUGGGCACCUGGAUCCGAGACCUCGGGAAGGCGAGACUUGAUGGCGUGGCUGGCGGGGCGCGUGCUGUGGAAGAGGAAGUUCGGGGCGCAUCCCCGAUCUGGGCAGACUGCGGCCAUGGGGAGGCUGGGGAAGGAGAGGGGGACUCCGCGCUUCCUCCCUUCGGCCGCUUCUUCCUGCGCCGUGACCUGGUAGGUCAGGCGUAUUCCGUGCCAUAUCCAGUGAGGGUGGCGCCGGACGGCGUCUCCUUCGCCGGGCGCAUUGCCUGGCGGCUGGUCGCGAAGGGGCCAAAUCGCAGAGGAUGGCAGGUGUCAGGGCUCCGCAUCUUCUCGGAUCUCAGCUGCCGUGAGGAGGUCUCCGGCCUCGUGACGGCCUCCGGCUUCGCCGACGGCCACGAACCCGAGCUGGCAGUCGGAAGUAAUGAUACCUCGACGUUCUGGGAAGCGAGCUGCACCCAAUGCACAGACCAGGGAACGUUGGGCGUGAGCUUGACGACCGAGACCAUCCUACCGAGAUGUUUCCAGCUCUACCAGCCCGAUGACGCCUGGGCAGCCAGCUCCAUCUCGAUCCAGGUGCUGGAGGAGACCGAUGAAGGGGAGACUUGGCUGGAGGCAGGUGUGAAUGCGUCGUAG